UGUAGCACCGGCGCCGGGAGCAAGCAGAUCAAGUAGGUAAUGCACGGUUGGCAUAUGGGUCAGGCAUGCUCCGCAUGGCAGCGAAGAAUUGUAAUCUGGGGGCCCACUGUAAGCUGGAGUGUUGGAUCCUCACCCCAGUCCCCCACCGAUAGUACGGGACGCGCUAGGAUGGUAAGGCAGCUCGUGGCAUCCAUGCCGCAGGCGCAACGGAGAAGGAUGUUAGCCUAUUACUCCUUUGACAACCGUCUCUAUACGAAACGUACAAUAGCCGGGGCGGGGAAGUCUUGUAGAACGUACAGUAGAGUAUGUAGACUAAUCUAAUAGUACGACUCUAACUUGAUCGUGAGCGUCGUCGUCGGCGCACUUGUACUACUAGCAUGCGAUAUGGC